CUCAGCUUCAUCAAAAUAUAUGCUCAUAUCAACUUGUUAUUCUAAGCUUUAGUUAUUCUACUAACUCCUGUUCACAGAAUAAUACCUUCUCUCUCUCAACUCUGAAUUCCAUAUUGAAAAGAAGAAGUCAACACCAUGGAGAUUGUGGCGGGAGCCUUUGCAGAGGCUUUGCUAGAGGAAGUGUUCGAGAAGAUGCUUUCGAAGGAGGUGCUUGAUUUCAUCCAGGGAAGGAAACUCACUGAGGGUUUGCUGAAGAAGUUGAAGAUCACUUUGUUGUCUGUGAAUGCUGUUCUUGAUGAUGCUGAGGAGAAGCAAAUAAGUAACCAAGAUGUGAAGCAAUGGCUCGAAGAGCUUAAGGAGGCAGUCUAUGAUGCUGAGGAUCUGUUGAACGAGAUUAAGACAGAAGCCUUGAGGUGCAAGGUGGAGGCUGAAUCUGGAAGCAGCACUAGUAAGAUGUUCCGAAAACUCAACAAAAAGCUCUUCUCAACAUGGUUUUAUGCCAUUGACAAAGCAAUUGACUCCAAGAUAGAAGAAAUCAUUGAGAGACUGGACUUCAUUGAAAAGAAAAAAGAUGUUCUUAAUUUGAAAGCAGGAGCAAGACGAAGAGCAUCACAAACAAUACCUUCAACUUCUUUGGUUGAGGACUUUACUCCAUAUGGAAGGAAUGAGGACAUAGAAACUAUCAUCAAAUUAUUAUUAGAUGAUAUGACUGAAAAUAAAAUAAGUGUGGUUCCCAUUGUGGGCAUGGGAGGGAUCGGCAAGACCACUCUUGCUCAGCUCGUAUACAACAACGUUAGAGUAAAGCAGCAUUUUGAACUCCAAGCGUGGGUUUGUGUUUCAGAAGAGUUUGAUGUUGUUAGAGUGACACAAACAAUUUAUGGCUCAAUCACGUCAGGAGCUUGUGAUCUCAUGGACCUAAAUAUGCUUCAGGUUAAGCUCAAGGAAGCUUUGACAGGGAAGAAGUUUCUCCUUGUUCUCGAUGAUGUCUGGAAUGAUAAAUAUUUCAAUUGGGAUGUCUUGAGGCGUCCAUUUGAGUCUGGAGAUCAUGGAAGUAAAAUCAUUGUAACGACGCGCAAUGCAAGCGUUGCGUCUGUAAUGGGUACUCUUCCAACUCACCAUCUGAGGCAAAUAUCCGAAGAAGAUUGUUGGUUGUUAUUUGCAAGACAUGCCUUCAAAAGUAGAAGAGUUGGUGGAAAUCCAAAUCUUGAAGUGAUUGGAAGACAGAUUAUUAGAAAGUGUAAAGGCCUUCCUUUAGCUGCAAAAUCACUUGGAGGUCUCUUAAGCUCUGAAUCAAACAUAGAGGAAUGGGAAAAUAUACUGAAGAACGAUAUUUGGCAGUUGUCAGAUAAGGAUAGCAACAUUCUGCCUGCUUUAUGGUUGAGCUACCAUUAUCUGCCUCGGCAUCUUAAGCGUUGUUUUGCCUAUUGUUCAAUAUUUCCCAAAGAUUAUGUUUUCACAAAAUCGAAUCUGGUUUUUCUUUGGAUGGCUGAAGGUCUCUUACAAUCCAAAAACAAGAAAACAAUGGAAGAAGUUGGAGAGGACUACUUCGAUGAUUUACUCUCAAGGUCAUUUUUUCAACAUUCACAAGGCGAAUUUGAUCACCAACCAGUUUUCACUAUGCAUGACCUUAUCAAUGACUUAGCGAAGUUCGUAUGUGGAGAUUUUUGUGUGAGGUUGGAGGACAAUGACUCAUUGGACAUUCAGUGUAAGACUCGUCAUUUUUCGUAUAUGAAAACAUAUGGUGAUGGUUUUGAGAAAUUUGAGGCUUUAUAUGAGGCGAAGAAUUUGCGCACCUUCCUACCAUUAUCACUAAGGUGUCCAAUUGUCGCACAGUUUUAUAUGUCGGACAAGAUACUGCAUGAUUUAAUUCCAACACUACAAUGUUUAAGAGUGCUAAAUUUAUCAGGCUACAACAUUAGGAAUUUGCCUAAUUCAAUUAGUAACCUGAAACAUCUUAGGCACUUGGACUUGUCUUACACUUUGAUAGGCAAGUUACCUGAUACAACAUGUACUUUGUAUAAUUUGCAAACUUUGUUGUUGUCGUACUGUCGAGGCCUUGUUGAGUUGCCAACCAACUUGGAAAGACUAAUCAACUUGCGGCAUCUUGAUAUCAGAGGAACAAAAUUAGAAAAGAUGCCACCAAAGAUGGGCAAAUUGCAGGAUCUCCAAACAUUGAGUGACUUUGUAUUGGACCAAAAUACUGCAGGGUAUGAUGACAUUGUAGAGUUGAAGGAGCUUCAGUGUCUGCGUGGAACUCUUUGUAUUUCAGGGCUUCAUAACAUUGUCCAUGUCAGGGAUGCUUUGGAGGCCAAUAUGAAGGAGAAGAAGUAUCUAAAUCAACUUGUUUUGAAAUGGGGUGGCGAUACUGAGGAUUCGAAAAAAGAUAGAGAAGUCCUCGACAACCUCCAACCUCAUACGAACCUAAAAGAACUGACCAUUGUUUCUUAUGAGGGCACGAGAUUUCCAGGUUGGUUAGUCGAUCGUUCUUACUCAAAUCUAGUUUGUCUUCGACUUUUGAACUGUAAAAAUUGUUACUUCUUGCCACCUCUUGGAAUGCUGCCCUCUCUCAGAGAGCUUGAAAUUAUUGGGUUAAAUGGAGUCGUGUCCAUAGGUGCUGAGUUCUUCGGUGAUGAUGGCAGUGAAAUCCAGCAAUUUCGAUCUCUACAAGUUCUGAUCUUCGAAAACAUGCGAGAUUGGCAAGAGUGGUCUUAUGUUGGAGGUAAUGAAGAAGGUGGAGCUUUUCCUGAUCUUUGUGAGCUUCGUCUGCGGAAUUGUCCUAAGCUAAGAGGGAGAUUACCUUUGGACUACUUUCCAAAGCUUAAAAGGCUCGUGUUGUGUCGAACUAAUAUAGAAUGUCUCACUCUUUCACAAGAAUCUGAACGCCGCAAACUCCUAUGCCUCGAGUACCUGUAUAUAUAUUGCCCAAGUUUUGUUUGUUUUCCCCAUGGAGGGCUACAUGCACCAAACUUGACGAAUAUAAAUAUCUGUCGCUGCAAGAAAUUGAGGUCACUGCCAGAACUUAUGCACACCCUUCUCCCAUCUCUUCAGUCCAUGGACAUAACAGAAUGUCCAGAACUGGAAUCAUUUCCAGACGGGGGAUUGCCGUCAAAGUUAAAAUCACUGCGGAUUGAGUCUUGCAGAAAACUGAUUGCAAAUCGUAUGCAGUGGGCUCUUGGAAGACUCACCUCUCUCCGAGACUUGAGAGUUGACUUCAAUGAAUGUGGAGAAGUAGAUUCAUUUCCAGAGGAGGGGCUUCUGCCAACUACUCUCAGCUCUCUCUCCAUCUCCACUCUUUUGAGUCUUAAGACCAUGGAUGGAAAUGGGUUGACAAACCUCAUCUGUCUUGAAUAUUUGGCAAUUCGGAGAUGCCCUGAGCUCCAGAGCUUGCCAGAGGAAGGGCUGCCCACUUCUCUUUCACUUCUAGAAAUCUUUUAUUGUCCUUUGCUAAAACAACGAUGUCAGAGAGAAAAAGGCGAAGAUUGGCCCAAGAUUGCUCACAUCCGUCACAUAAUGAUCGAUGGAGAACAGAUAUGAUGUGCCAUGUCUUGAUCGAUCCCAGUGGCGUUAUCAGGUGCUUGUUCUGCAGUCUCUGCUCAUAAGUUUAAAUGGCUAGUUCUCUGUUCUCUUGUGCUUUUUACUUGCCCCUGACCCCCCAAAAAAAAUGAAACAACUGGAUACUACAUUGCUAUGCUUACCAAAUUGCAUGCCUACUUUGAGAUAUAUGAACAAACUUUUCUUAUUAUUUAUAACUUCUAAUUUGCUGUUAUUAAUUCAUAAGAGUGUGUGUCAAUCAAGUAGUAGCUACUAUUCAAUUAUCAAUCCAACCUUGUUAAUAUUUAGAUUCACAUAUCUUUAAGCAAGGAAAAAGUUCCAGCCGUGUUAGACCUACUAUCAGUUUAAACAUUUUAGUACCCUGAUUUGACAGGAAAUUUUAUUUCUUUUGAGAUACUUCUGUCGAAUCUGGUGAAUACUUCUGUCGAAUAUGAUCAAAAGAAAACACAUGAAACAAGUUACACCAACCUGGAAAGUGGUGUUGUCUCAAACACAUAAAUCUCUUUAUGAUCUUAUAUGUUCUAAAGCAAAGAAUAUACACAAAUUCAUUGUGUUCACUUACUCUUUUCUGUGAAUUAAAAUAAAGAGGGACUCAAAUUUCCUAUUAGAGACCACAACAUGUAACAUACAAAUAAACCCUUGAAGAUUUAUUGGAAAAGUUAUCGUCUCGUUUUCAGCUAUCUAGAAUAAUAACUAUAUGACUUCAGUGUUGCAGGAAGCCAAACUGCAGAUACUUAUUUAGCUGAAGAACUGCAAAACUCAUGUAUGGCUAUAUCUAAACCAGUGCAGCGAUUAUAUCCCCUGCAUAAUCGAUUCAUUCUGAUAUAAUGUAGAACCAAAAAUCGAGUUUCGUAGUACAUUCAGGGUUUUUGGGAUAUUUGCAAUUUUGGCCAAGCCAGAAGCCGCUUCUCUGUAGGUUGUUCCUCAUCCUCCUUUAGAUUGCUGACGGAAUAUGGCAGUUCUAUCCGGACGUCUUCUGAAGAAAUUAGUUUGUAAAUUGUAAUAUUUCAGUUUUUCAUUGUAUUUAGUUACAAAUUUUCAUUCACCUUUUAAUGCAUUUUGUUUAUCAUCUGUGUUGAUGUGUAACCCUUGAGCUGAAAUCCUUGGCGCCGAAGUUGUUUUUGUUUGCAU